AUGGAUUACACUUUUGUCCCAGAUGAAGAAAAAUGUCUAAUCUCUGAGUAUCCACCAGAGCUUUACAGAGAACCAUUUUUAAUAGUUGGGCUUCUUGGAGGUGAUAACAUCCCACAAAAUAUCAAAACUAAUUUGUUCGACGACUCCAUCGAAGGUAGAAAAAUUGUGACGUUUACAGCGUCAAAAGAGUAUCUUCCCCUCAAAAAAAAGCCACCCCACCCUCCCAUUUAUGAAUUUCUUCAACCAGAUGAAUAUUUCAUCCGAGUGGAGUGGUUGAACAAAGUACGACAAGACCGCCCAAGUGUAAUGGUUUUGUUUGAAACUCAAGAAACGGUCUUUUCCCCCUACAAUAACAUACUUCAAGAGAUCGAUACCAUUCACGAUAUACUAAGCUCACGACACACAAAAUUGGUUUUGGAAAUAAUCACCUGCUCCCCUCAAAUCCUAUCAUCAACAGAUGAAUUUGUGUCGCUUAAAAAGCGAAUGAACGUCGAUGGGUUUUUGUUGUUCAACCUGAACGACCCAAAGCAAUCAAUAGAAGUUCUCACUAAAACUGUCAAACAAUUAUCGUUGCGACAUUAUAGUGAUAUGGAGUACAACUAUUUCACUCGUGCAGAGUCAAUGAAAUUUCCGUGGUACUCUGCGGUUUCAUACUUUAAAGCAGCAUUUGUUUCAGAGAAUCAAGAGGCUUCAUUUCAAAACUACAAAAAUUCAAUAAAGUAUUACAUGAAGUCUUACACAUCAGUUUUGGAGUUACUUAGAUCUGAAGAACAACGAUUUUACAAAUCUUCAAAUGUGUUGGCAACAAAAGAGUUAAUAAGUUGGAUUAUGUUUCGACUUUUUAACUUAUUAGAGAAAACAGCAGCAUUUAAGGAAAUCAGUGAAUUUUUUAUAUUGUUUGAGAAGUCUUGUUCAACAUAUGUUGGUGUCGAAGAGUUGCAAUGUGCUCAUCAAAAGUGGUUAGCUAGACAGUUUCAAUUGAUCGGAGUUAUUUACGAGAAGCACAAACUCACCAAAACAUUAUCCCUAUUUUAUUCCUACGCCUCGCUUGUAAAUUACACAAAGGCAUACAAUUUAAUAUCUACCAUGUUUAACGGAAAUUCCGUUAAAGAAUUUACAAAGUAUUUGCCGCCUUCAUACACUCCAGAAAAGUUUUAUGAAUACGCCAUCAAACAAUCGUUUAAUCUUUUAUUCAAAAUCCAAGUUUGUCGUUAUGUUUGUAAUCAAAAGUGA